CUCUAAAAACUUCAUUUUUCAGAGUAACCUUAUCCAUUGUCAACCAUCGCUCGCCAUUGUCAGACCCUGUUGUGGAUCAAUGCUGAUUCUGCUAAUCAAGUUGAUGUUGCUGACUAUUCGAUAGUUGUCAACAUCUUCUUCUUCAAGUAGGAGCAGGUUGUGUGAACAAGAGCGAGUUGUGCUCUACGUAUUAGGACCACAAGUUCUGGAGGUGUAUCUCCUGUUUGAGUUUGAUUGUACUGGGUGUCACUGCUGGUACCGCUUUCUCUAAGAGUUCGACUGUUGGGUCUCGACUGGUAUCGUUUAUCGUUAUUUUAUGCCUAACAGUGGUGGAGUUUCUCUACAUCACGAACUUUCUUGAUAGCUGCGAGGACAAGUGGCCGUCAUUUUGCUCGUUGUAUAGAAGAACAUCAUCGGCGCCUUCAAGAGUAGGUCUACUAGGUGGAGGAGAUGAAAUCAAAGGUCACGAGCUCGACUCCUCGGCUUCUUCAACAUCAACGGCAUCUGCACUGUCACCAACUGGGGUGGCUUUUCGUGUUGGGUUUGUCGCAGUCAGAUUGAUUUGUGGAUUUACAGUGCCCUACAUGGUAGAAGUUGCCGGAUUGGUUUCGAGUCUUUCUCUCGUCUUUAGCGAGUUGCUUAUCCCGCUGUACGGAUUCUACCUAGUCUCUGGAGAUAAAAACUACACGCAAGAGAAAAAGAAGAAUCACCUCGACAAAAUUAGCGGACCUUCUGGUGCAACUGGUGAAAAUAUAAAACCAGUACCCAAGACCCAGAAGAACAAGAAAAACGAAGCGCCGAUCGGUGAUGCCUGCUCUCUUACUACGUCAAUCCUCGUAGAAGAUGAAGACCUCGUAGAAGAUGCAGGAUUCGAUGAUGGUGAUACCUCUAUCUCACGCGCACGUCCUGGAUUUGGAUUACGUAUUUUCCACGUAUUCAUGCUUAUCUUCGGAGUUUUUCUGUUUAUUUUUGCGAAUAUUGCGGGACUUGAGCGUAUUCGAGCCAGGUAUGCAGCUGACAGCAGGGGAAGGGGUACGAUAGAGGAAAUCGCAUCGUUUUCUCAUUAGUGGGUGCGAAGUCGGACAGAACCGAAAGAUGAUGAUGAAGAUGAACAGAGUGUUUGUGUGCAAUGAAAGAACAGAGAUGCACAGCGUCAACACUGUUGUGAAUCUACUCAUAACCUAGUACUAUUAUUGAACUUAUGUUGUAAGCACCAUAUCGACCAUCCGUGUGAUUCUUUGAAGUUUUGAAGUUUUUCUUUUGGUUGUCCACUCGAGGUUUAUCUUGUGAUCGAUAUUGGAGGAGUACUGCAUAGUUCGCAGUUUGAAUUUAAAGAACACUAGGGUAGCAGACUUUCUUGGUGAAAUUUCUGUUUUCUGCGUUUCUCUGCAGAUCGCAACUACUGCUCAAUCACGCAAAGCCCUACAUUGUAGUUAGAAGAUGUCCAUAUAGUCCUAGUAGUUUUCUACUGUUCUCAGUAUCGAUCCAUGCAUAAAAACAAUGCAUAUAAUCUGCAUGUGAUAUCAUCACUUCGUCAUCAUCGGCAUCAUGCUGGACCUACUCAUACUUGCACACAUAAGGACGAAGUUAAAUUAGAGUCUUAUCGACAGCGAGAUGGAAAAGACAAUCCGCACAAUGAUGUACCACGUCAUGGCUGUAAGCAAGAAAAGCGUUGAUGGUGGAGGCGCUCCCAGUCUGCGCAUAAUAUGCUGCGACUGGUGCGCAGGUUUUUGAUUUUUGACUUUUCAGUCUCAGUGUCUUAGUCUUUGUCUUAAGUUGUGGUGAUAUGUUUCUCAAAUAGUGAUUCGUCAGAGCAGUUGUCAGUUAGACCACGAUGGCCGCCAACGCCAUCAGUGUAAGUAGAAUAAUGCCACAUAUACUAGAUAAAAAUCUUCGGAGGUCCAAUCCGAAUCGACUAGCAUCGUCAUCAGUUGUAGAGGAAGUUCUAGCUCGUAGUUGUUGCAGUUCUAGUUCUUUUUUCUUAUCUUCACGCCUUUAUUAGCAUCAAUGUGGUCGCCUUUCUUGCGAAUCUCGACGUUCGAUAGAACGUGGGAAAAAGGAUGAGCAUAUGACCUAUCUAUCUCCUGGCAUCAAACCUUUGAACAUGAGCUCUAUGAAACUCCGUGCUUUUGCUCUUGAUGGAAGAGAAAGAUAUGGAUAAGCCCUAAAAUAAAGUGACUAUUCUUUGGUACAAGUGGCAAAUCGUGGUCUACUUGUGAUUUCUCCAAGAGUUUUAUCCUAGUAGCCGCGAACAAGCGCUACAGCAAUGGUGCCAGAAAAGUUGUUAACUCAAGUUGUAUUGCGGUGCCACCCGUGGUCAGUCACAAUUUACUUCGAAAGAUCAUCCUACGAUUUUAACCAUCUCCUCAAUUGAUUCUGUUCAGAUCUCAGAUCUAUG